AAUUUAAAGAGAAAGACACAAAAGUUUUCUUUUGAAAGAAUUUAAAAAGUUUUGUUAAUACUUAAAGUGUUUCAGUCUCAAAUAGAAAAAAAGAUGUCACCAAUUAUAAUCAACUCAGGAACGAGUAAUAUUACACCGUCAUCUAAAGCUCAUAGAAAAGACUCACCGAACAAAGAAAAAAAUCAUGAACUUUCUGAUGAAGAACAGAAACUUGAAGAAGGAACGGAGAAAGCGCGUGAAGAAAGAAAAGCAACAGGCCGAUCGAUUGCAAUCAUAAUUUUCCUGUCACUUAUGUGUCUUGCGCUUUAUCAUGUAAUAAAAAAGAAAACAACGAUACUAGCUGGUGUACUCGUACCAGCACUGAUACUUUUCACUUACACAUUUUUUGUGAUUCACAUUAGUAAUCGAGAUAAAAAGCGGAGAAAACAAUUGGCAUCUGCGGUCGACCUUGAGCUAUCAAUUCAAAGCGAAAGUAAAAAGUUUGACAAUCCAAAAAUGAUAUCAAAUAUUUCCAAUCCAUCAAUUUCAUCAUCUUCUAUACCGUCGACAUCAGGAUUGUCAAUGAACUCAUCUCGAAAUGUAGCAAAGCAAUCAGUGCCAUCGUCACUCGCUAAAAUCGAUUCCAAACAUCCACGAAUUUCAAUUGAUCCAAAAGGAAAUCUUGGUGCAGUUUCAAAACAGUUUCCACCACCUUUCAAAAAAACUCACUCUCAAUCCCAAAUUCAAGUAAAAAGUAAUCAAACAGCAAACGCUUUUAUUGAACACGAAACGAAAAAAUUGAAAAAAUCGCGAUCGUUUGACAAGAAUAACUUUGUGAAUGAAAUACGCCAUGUGACUGAUAAUAAGAAAAAUAAAACGAAACGUUCAGUUAAUUAA